AUGGCGUCUGCAGGGGAAGAAGCGAUUUCGCCCAGUAACAUUGUGUUUGAGGAAAAAGUAGACGGGGAAACAAAGGACUUUACAAACAUUCCACUUGAGGAAAAUCCACAGAAAAAGAAAAAGCAACCUCGCCGUAUCCUACACUUCAGUGAUGGAAUUCUUGAAGAAUAUUCUACGGAUGAAGAGGAAGAAGAGAAAGACAAACCUGAACCAGUGGAUCCUAAAACAUUGUCUUGGCUGCCAUGGUUGUGGUUCUACUUUGUAGCCUUGGCUGUUGGUGCCUUAGCAGUGGCAGAUUACUGUGGAGAAAAACUUGCCUGGUUCUUUGGAAUUACAACUCCUAAAUAUCAAUAUGCAAUAGAUGAAUAUCACAGACUUAGAGAAAUCGAGGCAUUUUCUCUUGAAAGGAGAUAUAACAGAUUACAACUGCAUGAUGUUAUGUGA